CGGGAACGGAUCCGCGGCCGCCCGGGGCUGCUCCGGAGAUCCUCUGGGUCUCAACAGACUUUCGAGGGUAAAAGAUAAUGGUCUGAGGACCAUACGACCAGGAAGCCUGUCAUCGAAAGUUCCAGCAGUUUCCCCACUAGAAGCAUCCAUCCCCAAUCAGGCCGGAGCCAUCAUGCCUCAGCAGCUCCUGAUCACCUUGGCCACUGAGGCCAGCGCCUGGGUGAAGUUGAACCAUCCCAGGAAGACCAAGGAGGGGGUGUCCCUGUGGGAGGAUGUGACAAAAAUGUUUGAAGGAGAAGCUCUGCUAUACCAUGAAGCUGAUGGAACGCAACAAGAAAGCAUAGCUGAUGGAGUGACCCCUGGCAUCCGUGCAGCAGAAUCCCAGGAAUCGUUGACUUUCAAGGACAUAGUUGUGGACUUAUCCCAGGAGGAAUGGGAGCAACUGGCUCCUGCAUACCGGGAUUUGUAUCGGGAGGUGAUGCUGGAGAACUACAGAAACCUGGUGUCAGUGGGAUAUCAACUUUCCAAGCCUACUGUGAUUUCCCAGUUGGAGAGAGGAGAAGGACCAUGGAUGGCAGAGAGUCGAGGCCCAGUGGAUUCCAUUUUAGAUGUGAAGACUAAACUAAAAACCAGAGAGUCAACUGCAGAGGGUGACAUUUCCAUGAAGCUCUGUCAUGGUGUCAUGAGGGGAAGGCUCAUAGAGGAUGAUAUUUGUUCUCCAUUGAAAAAAGCCUCCAGCUACGAUGGUACAUUAUUAGAGAGGCACCGGGAAAACUGUGGGAAAGGCAUGAGACAAACCAUUUGGACCCACAAAAAGAAACACCAAGAAGUGAACCAAUUAGAAAACCCAGAGAGUUCCAAUGUAAUUUUAGAACAGAAGCACCAUAAAUACAAACCAGCCAGAAAGAGGAACAAAUAUAAAUUAGAUUCAAUUAACCAUCCAGUGAGCUGCAUGAGAACCAGAAUGUACCAAUGUAAUAUAUGUGAAAAAAUGUUCAAACAGCCCAUUCACCUUACUGAGCACAUGAGGAUUCACACUGGUGAGAAACCGUUCCGGUGUAAGGAGUGUGGGAGGGCCUUUAGUCAGAGCGCAUCUCUUAAUACACACCAGCGAAUCCACACUGGUGAGAAGCCCUUCAAGUGUAAGGAGUGUGGCAAAGCCUUCAGGCACCGCUCAUCGCUUAACCAGCACCACAGGACUCACACUGGAGAGAAACCUUUCACAUGUGAUAAGUGUCAGAAAGCCUUUAGCCAGAACAUCAGCUUGGUCCAACAUUUGAGGACUCAUUCUGGAGAGAAACCCUUUAGCUGCAAUGAAUGUGGGAAGACCUUUCGACAGAUUAGACACCUUAGUGAACACGUGAGAAUUCACACUGGGGAGAAGCCCUACAAAUGCACUUCAUGCUGUAAAACGUUCAGUCAUAGGGCGUAUCUCACACAUCACCAGCGAAUCCACACCGGGGAGAGACCCUACAAAUGUAAGGAGUGUGGGAAGGCCUUUAGGCAGAGGAUACACCUUAGCAACCAUAAGACUGUCCAUACUGGGGUGAAAGCGUAUGAGUGUAACCGCUGUGGGAAGGCCUACAGGCACGAUUCGUCCUUUAAGAAACACCAGAGACAUCACACCGGAGAAAAGCCUUAUGAAUGUCAUGAGUGCGGAAAGUCCUUCAGCUAUAACUCAUCGCUGAGCCGACACCAUAAAAUACACAGGAGGAACGCUUUCCAAGAUGAUCCGGCACAUGAGAACAAAAAGCAACUCUAAUCGGUGAUUCUGAUUAAAAUUUCAGGACUCAUAUAACCUUGAAAAACUGAUAACAGCGGUGGCAACUUUUGAUUUUACCAAAACACUCUGUUGGUUGCUACUGUCUGACACACAAAAUGAUAAAUUAAGCAUUAUGAAAAAUUCACAAUUAUUUUUUCUCAUUUCAUGGUAGAUGAAUAAAUUAUUUCCUAUGAC